ACUCCCGCGUUCCAUUGAGCUGCAUCCGGCGGCCGCGGGGGCCUGUGGCUCCCCCUGCGGGCGGCUCAGCAGCAUACACUGCGGUCAGCCUGGUGGGGUUCCGAGGCUCAGGCAGCAUGACGACGGAGACCUUCGUGAAGGAUAUCAAGCCCGGGCUCAAGAAUCUGAACCUCAUCUUCAUUGUGCUGGAGACAGGCCGAGUGACCAAGACAAAGGACGGUCACGAAGUUCGGACCUGCAAAGUGGCUGACAAAACGGGCAGCAUCAAUAUCUCCGUCUGGGACGACGUGGGCAACCUGAUCCAGCCUGGGGACAUUAUCCGGCUCACCAAAGGGUACGCUUCAGUGUUCAAAGGUUGCCUGACAUUGUACACUGGUCGUGGGGGUGAUCUUCAGAAGAUUGGAGAAUUCUGUAUGGUUUAUUCUGAGGUUCCGAACUUCAGUGAGCCAAACCCAGAGUACAGUGCCCAGCAAGCACCCAACAAGACGGUGCAGAACGACAGCAGCCCUACAGCUCCCCAGCCUACCCCUGGAGCCCCUGCUGUUUCUCCAGCCUCUGAGAACCAGAACGGGAAUGGACUGAGUGCCCCACCAGGUCCUGGUGGUGGCCCGCACCCCCCUCACACUCCUUCCCACCCCCCCAGCACCCGAAUUACCCGAAGCCAACCCAACCACACACCUGCCGGCCCUCCUGGCCCCUCCAACAACCCUGUCAGUAACGGCAAAGAAACCCGGAGAAGCAGCAAGAGAUAGCAAGACAUUCUUCCUCCCUCCCCACCACUGACCAUAACCCAAGUGUCUGCUAGAGAACACAGCCCCUACUGGGCUGCUAGCUUGGGGGUGGGAAGGAAUAGGUAGCAAUAUUUUAGCCACUAAACUUCACUAAAGGGGUGGUGAGGAGUGGCCUUAUCCACUCUAAACCCAUUCUCACCCCUUUGUCCAGCUGAAGCUGCCUGGGCCCUGGGAUCCAGGGCCUCUGCCUGCCCGUCUUCCUCUUUAGAAAUGAGUUAAGGUCUGUGUCUUGUACGUGUGUGAUGUGGAAAUCUAAUUGAAUCCCUUCUUCCCAAUAAACGUUACUACUCUGUA